AUGCAGAAUGGAGUCUGCUUUGGAUGUCUGGCAAAGGCUGGACACAUCAGCAAGGACUGUGGGAAACGUCUCCAGUGCAUCAUCUGCAACAAGCAGCAUCCAAGUGCCUUGCAUAUCAAAGAGACCACACUGAAGAGCCUGCAGGUGUCUGUCAAAGCUGAUGAACAUACUGGGGCCGAUCCUGGCAGCUCUGCUACUUUUUGCACAGAAAAUCUCCUGAACAAGCUGAACAUCAGAGGAAAAAGGACCAACAUCCUCUUAAGGACAAUGAACCAAGAACAAUCUGUGAUUACCUACAUGGCAAAUGGAAUAGAGGUUAGUGCAUUGAACGAAAACAACUUUAUUGCACUCCCUGAGGUGUACACACAAAAGAGUAUGCCUGUAGACACCGACAGCAUUCUAAAGACAGAAGAGCUAGCUAGGUGGCCUUACUUGAGUGAGAUCCAGAUCCCGAAAAUCAAGGCUGAAGUGGAGCUGUUGAUUGGCAACAAUGCUCCCAAAGCAAUUGAACCAUGGGAAAUAAUAAAUAGUCGUGAAAAUGGGCCAUAUGCUGUGAAGACCCUAUUGGGGUGGGUUGUUAAUGGUCCUCUAGAUGACAGUGUCAUGACAGACAGCAGUGGGCAUCAGAAAGUUACUGUCAACAGAACAUCAGUUCCAAAGCUGGAAGAUUUGAUUGUACAACAGUACAAUCAUGACUUCAAUGAGAAAUUAGAUGACAAAGAAAUGUCAAUAGAGGAUAAAAGAUUUAUCAAAAUUGCAGAGCAGUCAAUCACGCUCAAAGAUGGACAUUACAGCCUAGACUUACCUUUCCGGAAAGAAAGACCUGUCAUGCCCAACAACUAUCAGGUUGCAGAGCAGCGCCUAAUAGGCCUGAAAAGGAAGUUCAAAAGAAAUGAAACAUUCAGAAAUGAGUACACAGAGUUUAUGGAGGAUGUGAUCAGCAAUGGACAUGCUGAUCACAGACGGCAAGACGGCAAGGAUCUUUGCAGAAACAAGUGCAGCUGGGACCAGGAAGUACCACAGGCUGCAUCAGAGAAGUGGAGGAAAUGGCUGACCGGUCUUGACGAAUUGGAACACUUCAGAGUGGCUCGCUCUGUGAAACCAGAUGGAAUCGGAAGGUCCACACAGGCUGAACUCCAUCACUUCUCAGAUGCUAGUGACUACGCAUAUGGAACAACAAGAAGCCAGAGCAAAAUGCUGGAGAGCAAGAGAAAAGCCAGCAAGAAUGAACUUGGCAGCCAAUGUAUUUCCCUGGAUGACCUGAUGAAGGCGGAGAAAGCAAUCGUAAUGUUCUGUCAGCAUCAAAGCUAUCCAGAGGAAAUGGCAAAGCUUGCAAAGACGAAAUUUGUUGGAAAAGGACUAGGGCGGAACAGCACCAUCUACAAACUGGAUCCUGUACUGGAGAAUGGAGUCUUAAGAGUAGGAGGAAGACUCAGCAAGGCCGCAAUGCCUGAGGAGGCUAACACCGGGAUCCCACCGGACGUAAGAGGUCAGGUGACACACAUCCGCUCUGACAACGGAACUAACCUCGUAGGAGCUAAAAGAGAAUUACAAGAUGCCAUCUCAAACUGGAACAAAGAAAAGAUUCAGAACACAAUGCUCCAGAAAGGUAUUCAGUGGACCUUCAAUCCACCAGCAGCCUCACAUCAUGGAGAGGUGUGGGAGAGGCUUAUCCGUAUGGUCAGGCAGACUCUCAACUCCAUUGCUCAUGAACAACCACUUGAUGACGAAGGUCAGGCACUAAUUGACUAUAGCAUAAAGGUGUGCCAGGCCAAGGAGAGUGGAGAGUUCCGGCCUGCGAAUACCAUUAUUGACCGUGAGCAGAACGUGAACAUGACGUGA